CGCCGCAAUACAACUUGUACAUUGCGUAUCGAAUGUUGUACAUCACCUUUAAAACCCUGAAAUGCAAAGGGUGUCUUUAUAGCUUCCCUUUUGAGACAAUACACCCUGAAUCAACCACCCCCAAAUUAAUCUAACAUGCGCGAUUGUUUCGUCUUUCUCGGUUCAUUUAAACGUCAAGUAAAGUACGAAGAAAACGAUCGUCAAAACCCCUUACUCAUCGUCAACGAUAACGGCUAUGCAACCGCCGCCGACGAACUCAACAAUCCGACGGCGGCGAUGACUCUAAUUCUCAAAUCAUGGCUCAGCGGCCACUGGUUCCGUUACUUGAUCCUUGUGAUGUGUUCGCCGUUACUCAUCCCUCUCGUAUGCGUGUUUUCCCCUUUCAUUUGCGUCGCUGAGGUCUGUUUCUGCUUCUGCCGCCGUCGCCGGUUGAAAUCGGAUGGUUUGCAACCGCCGCCGGUGGUUCCGACGCCGGUGCCACGUCAGCAGGAGGAUGUGAAAGCGAAGGAGAAGGCAUUAUGCCUAGUGGAGAUGGAUAUGAUCGGCUGGUUCCGCUGGUAGCACGAUGAUACUUCAAUGGUUCGUCAGUGAUUCAAAAUUUGC